AACCCUCAUCCUUGAUUCGGCCUAUUACCUCUCAGAUUGACUGUGAAAUUUGAAGUUGUAUCUUGAAGUUAUCCCAACAUCCUUUGUGAUUUCUCCACACACUCUUUGCUAGAACUUUUGGAAAACUUUUGGAGAAAGUGUUUAGACGCUCGAGGAAAGUUUCUCACCUUUGUCCUACGUGUGUUUCGUGCUGUGAAAACUGCGAAAAAGUUUCAAUCAAGCCAAUUAGGGCCAAAGAGCGCUCUAGGCCCAAGGCAAAGGAUUUUCUUCUGUGACACGCUUGAAGAAUUGCUGCCAAAAUUUUCACGGACGGUAAUAAGCUCGGUCCUGCAGCCGCGGGCAGAGGAAUGUUUUGCUACCAAUGUCCACCCGCCCUGCAUCCUUGCGGUCCGCAUCCGCCACGCCUGCCAACGCUCGACUAUCCUUUUGCGGCAACACAUCCUUAUACCAGCUACUCGUAUCAUCCUGCCAUCCACGAUGAGACUUUUGUCCGGCGGAAGCAGCGACGGAAUCGCACCACCUUCACACUGCAACAGCUGGAAGAACUGGAAACGGCCUUUGCCCAGACCCACUACCCAGACGUAUUCACUCGCGAGGAUCUGGCCAUGAAAAUCAACCUGACCGAGGCUAGGGUUCAGGUCUGGUUCCAGAACCGGAGGGCCAAGUGGCGCAAGGCCGAGAGGCUAAAGGACGAGCAGCGCAAGCGAGAAAAUGGGGAGAGCUCCAGCUCCCUGGAUAAGCUUCACGACUCUCGGGAAUCCUCGCCAGACAUCACGGGCGAAAUAGACGACGACAUGGAUGACCUGCCACCCCGCCAGCGAUCCCACAGUCCUCUGCCCAAUGGAGGCCUGGAACAACAGCAUUCCCUUUCCCACUCUCGCAGUCCUGGCGGUGGCAUGCAUCUGGACUCCAGCGACAACGAGCGGCCCCUGUCGUCCAAUCAGCUGACCGCCACGCCCCACUCCGCCUCUCAAUCGCUGGGCUCCAUUAGUGCCGGCUCGCCCUCGCCUUCAGGAUUGAGGGAUCGCAGUACGCCCAUGGCUGGGGGUGGUGGUGUCGGACCCAGUAGUCCCUCGAACUCCCGUAAUACAGAUUCCCCCAUCGAAGUGGGUGGCCCCAUGUCCCUGACCACGGGCUCCAGGAUGACCGGAGGUCCUUCCUCCAACAACUCGGCCUCGUCCACGCCCACACCCACAACACCGCACGCCCCCCAGCUGCCCCACACCUCGGCAGCGGCGGCCGCCGCCUUUGGAAGCCAUAUUUUCGGAAACUUUGGAGCCGGCAGCAGUGCCUCUGAUAGCAAUUGCGGCUUCCGUCCGGUGCUCAGCGAACAGAGCGCUGUGGCAGCUGCGGCGGCGGCAGCGGCCGCCCAGCGCAGCGCCAAUCAUCCACCGCUCUUCCUGCCGCCCCACCUGGCCGCCCAGUUCACCCAUCAACCCCUCUUCCCCGGCCUGAAAGGUGUUUCCCCCUUCCAGAGCCUGUGCUCCUGCUGCUCCCUGAAACCACCUCCACCGCCACCCACCUCCUCGGUGGUGGCGCCACUUAGUGUCCCCGUGAGCAGCAGCUCGGCGGCCAGCUCGCCUGAGUCUCCCAAGUCCUCUGGCCAAAAUUCUGGACAUGAUCCUCGCUCCAACUCGGUGGCCGAGCUGCGCCGCAAGGCCCAGGAACAUUCGGCAGCGCUGCUGCAGUCUCUUCAUGCGGCGGCGGCCGCAGGCUUGGCCUUCCCGGGCCUCCACUUGCCGCCCCUAUCCUUCGCCCAUCACCCGGCCUUGGGACAGCAUGUGAAUCACAAUAACAACAACACCCUCAGGAUGAAACACGAAGCGCAGGACAUGACAAUGAAUGGCUUGGGCACGGUGACAGGAUCCGGAUCAAUGCCAGGAGCUGCCUCGUCGGCAGCACUUCUGGACCUUGCCGAGUCGGCGGUGGCAUAUCAGCAACAACAGCAGCAAUCCCAACAGCAACAUGCAACACUUUCGCCCCCUACCACGCCCACUCAACAAGCCGUGGGCGUGGGAGCCACUGAAGGAUCCCCAGGACUGGGAGCCGGUCCUGGCGGAAACUCGAGCAAUUCUUUUAACGCAAAUGCGGUGCUAACCAAAAGCGAAUAAAUUGGAGAUGAAUAAUUGUGCAAUUUAAGAAUAAGUCAGGCCACUUUGCAGAUUUUGUUUGAUUUUAAAUAAUUAAAAUAUAACUUUUAAAUUACAGUGUAAAUGCCUUGAAUAAUUUCAUCAAAACUUUUCAUCAAAAUCUGAAAAAAGGAGCCUGUUACAAAAAUUUAAAGAAUUUUAAAAUAAAACUAAAGUAAGCUUAGCACUAGUUUACGUUUAUGUUAAUCAAAAAACCAAAAUAUACAUAUAUACAUGCAAAAAAUAAUUAAUAAUACAAAAAAUAUAAUAACACUUUAUAAAUAUAUAAACAAGCACUUAAAACUUUAUAAAUAUAUUAGAAGAAUAGGUAGAAAUUUGCUGUUUGUUGAACAAAUGAAUCAAAUAGAGGUUUUCUUGAAGAGAUAACCUUUGAUCUAAUACGACAUCAUUGGCCACAGCAGCAGACGUUCAAAUGAUUACCAAUAUCAAUUAACAAGCAUAUGCGUAUGAACACUAUAUAUAAAAAAAAAUAACAAAAACUAUAUAUAUUUCAAUAAAAAUCACUAUAAAAUAAAUAUGUAAAACACUAACAAUUAUAGAGUUAGCUAACAAAUCAUACAGAACAGAUACAUAGCCUAGCCUAAUCACACAGAAUCGGACACUAAUUAACGUAAGCGUCAAACCAAUAUUAAUUAAAGUUAAACAAGUUUAUGACUAAAAAAAAUAAAGAUGAACAUAUUAGGAUAAAAACAUCAUUCGUUUUGGGAAUUUGUUAAACUUUUCAGAGAUAUUCUUCAGCAAAAAUGUAAAUAGUCGACACGGGAAUAUGAAAUUAUUGAUGAACUUUAUUUAUUAAAAUUUACAAAUAAUUCAUUGGUAAGUAGUUUCCAUCA